AUGUGCCAUGGCUUCGGCGCCGUCAAAGAGAUGGGCAUCGACGUCUUCGCUGAGGAAUUUACCACGAGCAUUCCGGUCUGCGCACUGGUCUAUGACAAUCGCAAUCUCGGCACGAGCGACGGUCUGCCUAGACGGGCGGCGACCCCGGCCUUGCAGUGCUCCGAUUGUCUAGGGCGCCAGCUACAACGGAGCCUAUGCGCUUUCAAUUACCGAUUACCAUCGUGGAUCUUCGAGUCAAAGCCAUGGUUAGCCAGCGGACACCAUUCGGGACACUUUGGUGAAGCCUUGCAAAAGAGCACGUGUGUACACCGCGGAAGACGGCACCAAAUCAUGGAUUCUGCAGUCUCAAACGACGCAUCCCAUACUCUCAUGUGA